AUGACACAGUAUAAUGAUAUUAAUGUGGAAUUCAACAGCCUAGAAAUAAAACCAGGCAAGGCUGCUCAGUAUAUAGAGGCACGUGGUGCAGCUGGUGUGAUAAAGUUAAUCUGCCUUUAUUUAAUUGACACAUCUGUCAUGAUGUCAGACAUGAAGACAAACUGGACAACUAACAUCAGUUUUGAAUCUUCUCUAUCAUUCAUAGACAAUAAUGUUUCUGAACCAAAGGGAAGUGUAAUGUCUAGAACUGGGCACACUGUGGUGGCUGUAUUUCUUGGAACCAUCCUCGUAUUUGGAUUUCUAAAUAAUUUCAUAGUUCUAAUUCUCUUCUGCAAAUUCAAAACCUUAAGAACUCCAGUCAAUAUGAUGCUGUUAAACAUCAGUUUCAGUGACAUGCUAGUCUGUGUUACUGGCACAACUCUGAGUUUCACUUCCAGCAUUCAAGGCCAGUGGAUUGGUGGGGAACACGGCUGUCAGUGGUAUGGAUUUGUCAAUUCCUGCUUUGGCAUUGUAUCAUUGACAUCACUGGCCAUCCUUUCAUAUGAAAGAUACACAACUCUAACCUUAUAUAACAAGAAUGGCCCAGAUUUUAAGAAAGCCUUGCUUGCUGUAGGAAGCACCUGGGUGUAUUCUUUAUUAUGGACAUGCCCACCUCUCCUUGGAUGGAGCAGAUAUGGAUUGGAAGGAGCAAGGACAAGCUGUUCAGUACGCUGGACCUCGGAAUCCAGAGAAUCUGUUUCCUAUAUAAUCUGCUUGUUUAUCUUCUGCUUGGUCAUACCUGUUCUUGUAAUGGUGUACUGCUACGCUAGACUUCUGAAGAUCAUCAGGGGGGUAGUUGGAAAGAUCAGAAAAACAGCUGUUCGUAAAAGAGAGUAUCAUGUCCUCUUCAUGGUGAUUACUACUGUUAUCUGCUAUCUUAUUUGUUGGAUGCCAUAUGGAGUGGUUGCCUUGAUGGCUACGUUUGGAAGGCCAGGGACUGUUACACCAGUUGCCAGUGUCAUUCCCUCAAUUUUGGCCAAAAGCAGUACUGUAUUCAAUCCAUUAAUAUAUAUACUUAUGAAUAAGCAGGUAAAUAUUCUAGACUGCAGCAAUUUGCUGUGUGGAGAGUUUCCCCUUUGGCGUGGUGUCCUUUCACUUCGGAUUUGGGCUCCUGCUGCUAUAAGGGGGGUGGCUGAGAAAAUAGAAGAAGCCCAAUCUAAUCUACAGGAGGAAGAUCUUGCUACAUCUAAUGUGUUAGCUGCUUCUAAUGUUCUGCAAGCCCUGUUGCCCACCUAUAUGGAGGAUACCAUUGCUGUUCCUUUACUGAGUCAUCUGGUGAUCCUGCUCCUGAUGCUGUUCUUGGUGAAUGGGAGAACAUUGACUGGUUUGCUGUUGUGUUCUCUGGCUCUGAGGAGAAUAUGUACAAUGCAGAAUAGAAAUCUGCCUCAAAGCGGAAAAAAGGUGGAGAUUCUUAUUCUUAUGGGAGAGUCCUGA